AUGAGGAAGCUAAAGUUUCAUGAGAAGAAGCUUUUGAAGAAGGUGAAUUUUUUGGAAUGGAAGAGAGAAGGGGGACACAGAGAGAACAUGGUUAUUCAGCGAUACCACAUUACUCAACGGGAUGAUUAUAAAAAGUAUGCAACUUUAACACGGAUGGUUCAGAAGUUGGUGCACCUGGUAAAACAGAUGGACGCCAAGGAUUCGGAUCGAGUUAAGAUGACUGAUAAUCUUUUGGAAAAACUUUAUAACAUGGGUGUGAUUCCAACCAGGCAAAGCAUCACGUUAUGUGAACGCUUAACCGUGUCAUCCUUCUGCAGACGGAGGCUCUCAACUGUUUUGGUGAGACUAAAAUUUGCGGAGCAUUUGAAAGAAGCCGUAACAUAUAUUGAGCAGGGGCAUGUUCGGGUUGGGCCAGAUACAAUUACAGACCCAGCUUUCCUUGUAACUAGAAACCAGGAAGACUUCAUUACAUGGGUGGAUUCGUCUAAGAUAAAGAGAAAGGUGCUUCAGUACAAUGACAAGUUGGAUGACUAUGAUUUAAUGAAUUAG